GAGGGAAGGGCCGGUGAUGACAUAAUUGAGUCAUGUGACUCCGUGUCAUCAUUGCACCUGCCGCUACUACCAGGAGACGUGAUUGCGUGGCUGCGAGACACGCGGAGGAAGAAAGUGGGAGAAUCUUAUCUGGUUGAAUUGAUGGGGAAGAAGGACAUAAUCACCUCAGUCGCCUGCUCUUGCCUUGGUUAGGCCUUCAGCGCUCGUUCCGAGGUUGCGCGGCGUGAGACCCAGUCGGUAUCCAUUACCACGCUCGCGGGCCUUGGCAUAUUCGUUCAACCCGUCAAACCAAGGCUCUUUGACGGUUUUGUUUGUCGAGCGGAAGAAGAACCUCGGACUCUACGUCUGCGGAUGAACCGCUUCUCGCCUUUCGGCUCGAGGGCUCAAGAGCGGUAGAAAAAAUGGGGAUCCGAAUCACAACGUGGAAUGUAAACGGCAUCAGGAACCCAUUCGGGUAUCAACCAUGGAGAGAGAAUCGUACCUUCCAGGCGAUGUUCGAUACCUUGGAGGCGGACAUUGUUAUUAUGCAAGAGACCAAGAUCCAGCGGAAGGACCUACGAGAUGACAUGGUACUCGUGCCAGGCUGGGACGUCUAUUUCAGCCUGCCCAGGUUCAAGAAAGGAUAUUCUGGCGUUGCUAUCUACACGAGAAACUCAAAGUGCUGCCCAAUCCGUGCCGAGGAAGGAAUCACCGGUGUCCUCUGCCCAGCGAACUCAACCACAAAGUUUCGUGACCUCCCUGAGGAUCAACAGAUCGGUGGAUAUCCGAAGCUAGGUCAGCUCUCCAGCUCCAUAGAUGAAGCAACCCUCGACUCGGAAGGCCGUUGUGUGAUUCUCGAGUUCCCCGCCUUUGUCCUCAUCGGCGUCUACAGUCCGGCCACGCGAGAUGAGACAAGGAGCGAGUUCCGUCUUGGCUUCAUUGACGCCCUGGAUGCCCGUGUUCGUAACCUCGUCUCGAUGGGGAAGGAAGUCAUUCUAACCGGUGACUUGAACAUCAUACGCUCAGUCAUCGACUCCGCUGGCCUACAGGAGCAGCUUCGAAAGGAUGGUAUGACCCUUAAUGAUUUCAUCUCCAUGCCGACCCGCCGUUUCCUCAACCAGAUCGUUUUUGGCGGCAAAGUUAUCGGUGCACGAGAUGAAGGACGUGAGCAACCCGUCCUAUGGGACCUAUGCCGAGAGUUCCACCCGGACCGGCCUGGGAUGUACACUUGCUGGGAAACAAAGAAGAAUGCCAGGCCGGGAAAUUUCGGCAGUCGUAUCGACUACGUCCUUUGCAGCUCCGGCAUCAAAGAUUGGUUCGAAGACUCGAACAUUCAAGAGGGGCUCCUGGGAUCAGACCACUGCCCUGUCUUCGCCACACUUCGUGACACGGUUGACGUUGGUGGGAAGGAGACGCAUAUCAUUGACAAGAUGAACCCAGAGGACAUGUUCAGGGGCGGGAACCGGUUGAGGGAAUGGUCUGCAGCAAAGGACCUUCUCCCCAUGUCAGCAAAACUUAUCCCCGAGUUCGAUCGAAGGCGGAGCAUCCGCGAUAUGUUCUCCAAGCCGACGAUUCCCACAAUGAAGAAAGAAGCUAGCUCGCAAGACAGAGCCUCCCAAGGCCGAACCGACACUCCCUCUUCUACCGCUCUUCUCACCGCAACUGCCGUGGAGGCCGAAAUCGUUGACGAUAGUUCUACCGCCGAGCAAAGCACAUUUUCCAGCACCCCACGGUCUUCGAUUACAGACAGUGUUCCAAAGCCCUCUAUUGCAAAGCGGCAAGCAGCAUCCCCGUCAUCGAACCGGCCGCAGAAGAAGAACAAAGCCACAUUGUCCAAAAGCAACUCGAAGUCAGGAUCGGGAAACUCCCAAAGCAGUCUCAUGGGUUUCUUCAAACCCAAGACUACCGCGCCUACUCCGGGUCUCAUCGAGGGCACCGAUGGUGGGAUUGGGGAUUCCACUGCCGAGAGAGCCGCAGCCGUGGUCCCUGGGGAUAGCUCUUCGCUAACCAAGGACAAGCCGAACAAUGGAUUGAUCGACGAUGAUAUCGAGGACUGGGAGCCAGGCCCGUCCAAGAACGACGACUCGGGCAAGGACAAGGAGGUAUUCGACCCCAUCAAGUCAAAGGAGUCUUGGUCGAAGCUUCUCGGCAAGAGAGUUGCCCCGAGAUGCGAACAUGACGAGUCUUGCAUCAGCUUGUUGACGAAGAAGCCUGGCAUCAACUGUGGCCGGUCAUUCUACAUAUGCCCUCGACCACUCGGACCCUCGGGCGACAAAGAGCAAGGUACACCAUUUCGGUGCAGAACGUUUAUCUGGAGCAGUGACUGGAACGGACAACAAUGAGGACGGCGUUUGAUGAUACCAUUGCACUUUCUGUACAUUAGGAUUGCUACAUGUUGGAAGGGCGAUAUUAUCGUCCCGCCGCCGCGUGUCUACGAUGGUGCAGCUCAGGCAGUCGGGUCAUACCAGGUAGUCGGGCUUUGAUUCAACGACGAAUCCAUCACGAAGCAUACAUGAGCAGCGUGUUAGGACAUUUCUUCGUUCAA